GUUUUGCGUUGUUAUAGUAGCUGCACAAUAUUUGUCCCCUCGCUCGCCUCGUUGGAGGCGGGUCGUAAUUUCAAGUUCAGGCUAGCUUCGCGCGGUCGUAACAUUCAAGUUUGUGUGCAGACGAAUGACUAAUAAUAUAAAUGUCGACAUUAGCAGCUACGCUUUAUGUCUGAGAGGUUAACUCUUUCAAAGGACCCGUUUGGUAAUAUCAUUCAGUGCAGGGCAUUUACUUCGAACGUAGCGUCAGUUAGGUUUAUGUUGGUGAAGCUCAACUGGGAAAAUGCAAACGUAAGCCAGGCCACAUAGCUGAACGCUGGCUGUGUUCAACCACACGAGAGAAUAAAUGAUUUCAUGAACGCAUUUGCAGAUUUGGUCUUCAACAGUGGUGAAGAUGCGGAAGGACGUCAGAAUAUUACUGGUGGGAGAGCCCAAGGUGGGGAAGACUUCCCUGAUCAUGUCGCUGGUCAGCGAGGAGUUCCCACAAGUGGUGCCCUACCGGGCUGAAGAGAUCACCAUACCGGCAGAUGUCACCCCAGAGAGAGUUCCUACACACAUAGUAGACUACUCAGAGGCGGAACAAACAGAUGAGCAGUUGUCUUCAGAGAUAUCAAAGGCCAAUGUGAUUUGCAUAGUGUACGCCGUCAACAACAAGAAGUCCAUUGAGAAGGUGACCAGCCAUUGGAUUCCACUUAUAAAUGACAAUACAGACAAGGACAGCAGGGUUCCUGUCAUCCUGGUCGGGAACAAGUCUGACCUGGUGGAACACAGCAGCAUGGAGACCAUCCUGCCCGUCAUGAACCAGUACACUGAGAUAGAGACAUGUGUGGAGUGUUCAGCAAAGAACCUGAAGAACAUAUCUGAGUUGUUUUACUACGCCCAAAAGGCUGUCCUGCACCCCACUGGCCCUUUAUACUGUCCAGAGGAGAAACGGAUGAAGCCCGCUUGCAUCAAAGCGCUGACUCGCAUCUUCAAGGUAUCAGACCUGGACAACGAUGGGAUUCUCAAUGAUAAUGAGCUCAACUUCUUCCAGAGGACAUGCUUUAAUGCCCCACUGGCGUCUCAGGCUCUGGAGGAUGUGAAGAACGUUGUGAGGAAGAAUGUGAUCGACGGUGUGUGUGACAACGGCCUCACUCUCAAAGGGUUCCUGUUCCUCCACACCCUCUUCAUCCAGAGGGGGAGACAUGAGACCACCUGGACGGUCCUCAGGAGGUUCGGCUACGACGACGACCUGGAACUCCACCAGGACUACCUGUUCCCACUCACGUUGAAAAUACCUCCAGAUUGCACCACCGAGCUGAAUCACAAUGCCUACCUCUUCCUCCAGAGUGUCUUCGACAAACAUGACAAGGACCGGGACUGUGCCCUGUCCCCAGAGGAGCUGAAGGACCUGUUUGACGUGUUCCCCUACAUGCCCUGGGGUCCCGACGUCAACAACACGGUGUGCACCAACAACGAAGGCUGGAUCACCUACCAGGGCUACCUGUCCCAGUGGACGUUGACCACCUACCUGGAUGUCCAGCGCUGCCUGGAGUACCUGGGUUACCUUGGUUACUCCAUCAUCUCUGAGCAGGAGUCCCAGGCAGCGGCCAUCACAGUGACGAGGGACAAGAAGAUUGACCUGCAGAAGAAGCAGACUCAGCGCAGUGUGUUUCGCUGUAACGUCUUCGGGGACAGCGGCAGUGGCAAGAGUGGCUUCCUGCAAGCCUUCCUUGGAAGAAACCUCACGCGUCAAAACAUCGUUAGUGAAGAGCAUAUGUCCUACUAUGCUAUCAGCACUGCGUAUGUGUAUGGUCAGGAGAAAUACCUACUGCUCCAUGAGGUCUUCCCAGACUUUGACGUCCUCUCGGACGCUGACCUGGCUUGUGACAUUGUGUGUCUGGUGUACGAUGCCAGCAACCCCCACUCCUUCGAGUACUGCGCCAGAGUCUUCAAGCAAUACUUCAUGGACACCAAGACGCCGUGCAUGAUGAUCGCAGCCAAGUCGGACCUCCAGGAGACCAAGCAGCUAUACGCCCUCACCCCUCUGGAGUUCUGUAGGAAGCACAAGAUGCCCCCUCCGCAGGCCUUCACCUGCAACACGGCAGACGCACCCUGCAAAGACAUCUACACCAAACUCGCCACCAUGGCCAUGCACCCUCAUGCUCGGCUGCGCUGUAUGUGUACCUGUAACAGGUGCACCUUCUGCCACCUGCAGAACUUCAUCAACUCAGAGCUGGUGCAGACGGUGAAGGCCAAGCUCUACACCGCCAUUCUCAGCAGACAUGUGACACAGGCUGACCUGAAGAGCUCCACCUUCUGGUUGAGAGUGAGCGUGGGAGCCACCAUGUUCGCCGUGCUGGGCUUCGCCAUGUACAGAGUGCUGCUCAAACAACGGUGAUCCACCCACCAACAUCACCAUGCAAACCCAACCUUUGUGAGACUUGUACCCAAAUCUGUUUGUGCUGUUUUGCCAACUACUAUGGUGUAUGGAGUGAAUCCUAGCUUCCAGUUA